CUUGCCGUGUUGUCCCUGCCACUCGAGCGCUUUAACGCAAGCAGGUAGAGUCUGGCUAUUUAACCGCGCGGGUUGGUGGAUUCACUCCGCUCUGAAACCGGCUGCAGAAACACAUGAAAUCUCCAGUAAUGCGAAGCCUAAGCAGCUCGUCGAACUCCAGAAGAGCGCUGUUUGAUCUGACGGAACUUCUUCAACUCUUCUUCACCGCCUUGUCAUCUUUACUUUUCACUUGAUGACAAUUUCUCUGGGAUUGCGCGUCUCGCAUCUCUCGCACUGAAAGUUUGAUUUAAAAGAACAGUAACUAUAACAAGUUAAGUGGAGAUGAAUAACACCGGGUUCAACCAAACGGAGGGCGGACUGCUCAACAAGACAGAGGAGUUUUUUUGCUGCAACUUUUCUUCCGUGGUGACUGAUAAUGGCUUUGUGGCCGCCGCUCCGGAUGAGAGGAGCCUCUUCAUCAUGAGGGUGGUCCAGAUAGCCGUCAUGUGCGUUUUGUCCCUCACGGUGGUGUUUGGCAUAUUUUUCUUAGGCUGCAACCUUCUCAUAAAGUCCGAGGGGAUGAUAAACUUUUUGGUAACGGACAGGAGACCGUCAAAAGAAACGGAGGCUGUCAUUGUUGGAGCCUACUGACUGAUAAGGACCUUUUCCAUUAUGGUUUCUCUAAUCUGAUGGAGACAGAUGGGAGACAAUGCGACGAUCAACUGCCUAAACAAGCCCUCCUCCUUUUCAUGUUGGUAUUUAGAUUAACCUCAAAGGAACAGUCGCCGUGUUAAGAGGAAAACUGAACCCUGCUGGUAACUGCAGCUCACAGGUGUUCACCUCAUUUCAUGUGGCUUUUGAACGCCAACAAAGACUCGUUCAUCUCCAAGAGGUAUAGUCCGUUUCGAGCCUCUCUGUUUAUAAAGUAUUCAGUCCGAGCACUGUUGUAAUUUCAGUAGAUGGAAACACCGUUUGUGAAGCAGCAUCCUUUGUCAUGUCAGUGGCAAGGUCCUCCUGUUUGCUGCUUAAUUUCACCCUCUCAUAUUGCUAAUGCAAUGGAGAAAUUCAUGUUUAAGAUGUUCUGUAUGUUGUAUGUGUUUUUGCAUACAAUAUGCAAUAUGUUAAUCAGUGUAUUUCUCUGGAUUUCCUGGUGAUAACUGUAUGAGUGUCUGGGUGGUGGGUGGUGAAGGGAGCCCAACAUGCCAUGUAUCAUGUUAAUUGGAAUGAAUUCCUUAUGUAAUUAAAGUUUUCCUCCUAA